UUGAGUUUACAAAACGCAUCCGGAUAGUCUUCUCUCAUUUCGUGCAGGAACGAGCAAGAGGGUGUCGCAUGGCCUACUUCUUCUGUCCAACGAGGUUCGGUCGGCGACGGCGCAAGCAAAAAGCCCAGCAGGUUGCGUUCCAGGGAGGAAACUUUGAAGAACCGCAGUAUGCUCCAGAGGUUACCCACCACUACCCACCCGGUUGCUACUCCGUUAUUCUUCAAGAUUUUAAUGCGUACGUCGCCGACGAGUUGACCGUUCGCGAGGGCGGCAUCGUUCAGAUGCUCUACAGAGAGAACGACUGGGCGUUCGUCGCCAACUUGGACGGCGAGGAGGGAUACGUGCCUUUCUCUUUCUGCGCAGAGAAUCACCACCCUCCCAGAUCGAACAGUUUUCGCUCGCAGUCGUCGGGAGGUUCACGCGAGCCAAGCGAACAAUUAGGGAGAGACUCUAGAACGAGCUCAGAACUCGCGCCGAAGCGAAUCGAACACAGCAGCUCGAUGUCGACCGGUAGCAAUCACACACAACAACAAUCCUCACCGACAACUAUUAAAGCGUCGAUGCAGUCUCUACGCGCGACGCCGGAACGAAUCGAUGUGCGCAAAGCGCUAAAGAGUUCGACUCGAAUCGUAACUGUCGACCGUUUGGGAGAUGCAGGCUCACCUCCGACUUCUGAUCGAGAAGAUGGCGGAGCCCCGCCCCAGGGUAAUAUUACGACUGCUGCACGACGUCAAACAACACAGCCUUUCUCACGGCAUGGUAACGAGAGCACUCCAGUUGGUGAUCAUCAUACCACCUACACGGAAGUGCAUGUCUGCCCUAAAAUCAACAAUGAAGUUCCGUCGCCCUCUGCAGAUUCCCAAGCCGUGCCGUUUGUGAGAAAGCCAUCCGGCUUGUAUCUCGUUCUGUACGACUUCAGAGAGUGCGGAGAGGAUGAGAUACCAAUCGGAAGAGGAGAAAUCAUCACUAUGCUCAACGACGACGAUUCCGAUUGGGCGUGGGUAGCAAAACAGGACGACACACAAGGGUUCGUACCGAGAAACUUUCUUUGUGCAAUAGGACAACCCGCCGUAUCAGAGCAACCAGAGCAAUCAAACAAAAGAACUGCAGCUAGACAGAAUCACGUGUCCAAUGGUAUAAAAGCUAAGCAACGUCUAGUUGUGCUCUAUGACUUCCAAGCACAAUCUGUCGAUCAACUGACGGUCUUCAGAGGAGAUGUGGUUGUCUUAUCGAGAGAUCAGUGUGCUGGGUACCGGCAUGCGGAUGAUUGGAUCUGGGUUUACUCUCCUGACGCAAAUCGUUCUGGUUUUAUUCCUGCUAACUUUGCUAUGCCUCCAGCAUCACAGUAAAAGGUGCUUACAAGAUUGGUGACUGUUGGUCACCUUGGGGGAUAUUCCUAUGGCAGCAUAUAUAGGACUGUCAUGUCAUGCCUUCAGUUGUCCAUGAACACUAAUUUGCAGCAUGUGGGAAGAGCUGCUAGAGCAGACAGUUAGAAGCAAACGGACAGUGAAACUGUAAAUUCCACUGAUUUAGAGCUACUCUGUAUGUUAGACUUGAAAUAGAGUACAGUAUCGAUAUUUAUUCAGAAUCUGAAAAUAAUCAAUACUAAUGUGCUAUGCCAAAUUUCAA